AACUGCUGCUGAAAAUAAAUAAAUAUUUUGGAUUAUUCUGAUUGUAUUGACGAUUGAACAUUUAAAAAGUGUUUUCCGAGAUCAGUUCCAGCCUCUUAUGAUCUGAUGUAAUACAACAACAAAAACUCGAAGCACUCUUAAGGUGCAAAUCGGUUGCAGUACCGAUGUGUUAGAGGCGCGGCUGCAUAAAAACCACCGCCAUGUCGUCGGUGAAGGUGGCGGUGCGGGUCCGCCCCUUCAACUCCCGGGAGAUCGCCCGCGAGUCCAAGUGCAUCAUUGAAAUGUCUGGCAACACUACAGUUAUAAUCAAUCCGAAGCUGCCCCCGAACAACAAGGAAGGCGCUAAGAGCUUUAACUUUGAUUUCUCCUACUGGUCGCAUAAUCCACAUGACCCGGAGUUCUCCUCUCAAAUUAUGGUUUACAAAGAUAUCGGCGAAGAAAUGCUUCAACAUGCCUUUGAUGGUUACAACAUAUGCAUAUUCGCCUACGGACAGACUGGCGCGGGAAAGUCCUACACGAUGAUGGGCCGUGGCGAGGAUGGCCAGGAAGGUAUCAUCCCGCAAAUCUGUAAGGACCUGUUCCGGCGCAUACGCCAGACGACCUCGGAAGACCAGUCGUACUCGGUGGAGGUGUCAUACAUGGAAAUUUACUGCGAGCGAGUACGCGACCUUCUCAACCCAAAGAACAAGGGCAAUUUGCGCGUGCGUGAACAUCCGGCUCUCGGCCCCUACGUUGAGGACCUGAGCAAGCUUGCCGUCAUGUCCUACCAAGACAUCUACGACCUCAUCGAUGAGGGUAACAAGGCCAGGACGGUCGCAGCAACAAACAUGAACGAAACCUCUUCCCGUUCGCACGCAGUAUUCACUAUAUUCUUCACACAGCAAAGACACGAUAAGACCACGAAUCUCGUCUCUGAAAAGGUUUCAAAAAUAUCUCUAGUGGAUUUGGCCGGCUCAGAGCGAGCUGACUCGACGGGUGCCAAAGGAACGAGGCUGAAGGAAGGUGCUAACAUCAACAAAUCGCUCACAACGCUCGGAAAAGUUAUCUCUGCGCUCGCCGAAAUUUCGGCAUCAAAAAGCAAGAAGUCAAAAAAGGCGGACUUCAUACCGUACCGCGACUCUGUGCUCACUUGGCUGCUACGUGAGAACCUCGGAGGCAAUUCCAAGACCGCCAUGAUAGCUGCCAUUUCACCUGCCGAUAUCAACUACGACGAAACACUCAGUACAUUACGAUAUGCAGAUCGCGCUAAGCAAAUCGUCUGCAAAGCCGUGGUCAAUGAAGACGCGAAUGCCAAACUUAUCCGAGAACUCAAAGAAGAAAUACUCAAACUACGCGAACUCCUCAAAGCGGAAGGCAUCGAUGUCGAAGAAGGACCAGAUGGUCGAGUCUUAUACGAAAAGAAAGAUCAGCCUACCAGUGAGGAGAAUGCAUCGCCAAUGCGCAAGAAGAGUGAAUCGGAAGCACUGUCCCCCAAGUUAUCAAGAGCUGCCACCACCAUUGCUGAGGAGGCCGUGGAUCAGCUACAAGCAUCAGAGAAGCUUAUCGCAGAACUCAACGAAACGUGGGAGGAGAAGCUUAAACGUACGGAACAGAUCCGUGUACAACGUGAGGCUGUGUUCGCGGAAAUGGGUCUUGCGGUCAAAGAGGGUGUCACAGUGGGUGUUUACUCGCCGAAGAAAACUCCGCAUCUGGUUAAUUUGAAUGAAGACCCCAAUCUCUCCGAAUGUCUACUUUAUUACAUAAAAGACGGAAUAACUCGUCUGGGUACGGCCGAAGGAAAUGUUCCACAAGACAUACAGCUCUGCGGAUCACAUAUACUCAGUGAGCAUUGUAUAUUCGAGAACACGGAUGGCGUGAUCUGUCUCAUACCACACCAUGGCGCUUUGGUCUACGUAAAUGGACGUGAGAUAAACGAGCCAACCAUCUUAAAGACCGGCUCCCGCGUAAUCCUAGGCAAGAAUCACGUAUUCCGUUUCACACAUCCCGGACAGCCACGUGAGGAAAUCGUUUCGUCGAAUAAGGAGCUCAACGAUGGUAACAGCAACACUGAAACUAACAAAGAUGUCCCGAGUGAAACAACCACCGAAAACGUCGACUGGGACUUUGCACAGUGCGAAUUGCUGGAGAAACAAGGAAUUGAUCUUAAGGCUGAGAUGCAGAAGCGGCUUAUGGCUUUAGAGGAACAAUUCCGCAGGGAAAAGGAACAUGCUGAUCAACAGUUUGAAGAGCAACGAAAGAAUUACGAAGCUCGUAUAGACGCUUUGCAACGACAAGUCGAGGAGCAGAGUGUCACGAUGUCGAUGUACAGCUCCUACACACCGGAGGACUUCCAUAACGACGAGGAUAUAUUCGUGAAUCCCCUGUUUGAGACAGAGUGCUGGUCGGCGCGCGAGGUGGGACUGGCGGCGUGGGCCUUCCGCAAGUGGAAGUACCAUCAGUUCACAUCACUGAGAGACGACCUAUGGGGCAACGCUAUCUUCCUCAAGGAAGCAAACGCAAUAUCAGUGGAAUUACGCAAGAAGGUCCAAUUCCAAUUUACUCUGCUAACUGACACGCCCUAUUCGCCCCUGCCCGCUGAACUCGCGCCAAGAGACGAUGCAGAUGACGAGUACCGACCUUCCGCACCUACCGUCGUAGCCGUUGAAGUUACCGACACUAAGAAUGGGGCUACGCAUUAUUGGACUCUCGAAAAGUUGCGCCAUCGGUUGGAGCUCAUGCGCCAAAUAUACAACAUGAACGAGAGCGCGUACGCGGACGAGGACGAGCCCGCCACGCCGGUGCCGUCGCCGCCGCCCGCCAUCCCGCCACCAACCGACUCGGACAUACUACAAUGUAUCUCAACGUGUGCGAACAACACGCGACUCUCACUAGCGAACCUACUGCCCUCGAGGCAACGUCUGGAGCUGAUGCGCGAAAUGUACCACAACGAAGCGGAGCUUUCGCCGACGUCGCCUGAUCACAACAUCGAGUCGGUCACCGGCGGUGAUCCGUUCUACGAUAGAUUCCCUUGGUUCCGUCUUGUUGGACGGAGCUUCGUAUACCUGUCGAAUCUCCUGUACCCGGUUCCGCUCAUUCACAAGGUGGCUAUAGUGAAUGAGAAAGGAGACGUGAAGGGCUACCUCCGGGUGGCCGUACAGGCAGUCAUCGAUACUGAAAAAAACAAUUCUCUCGUAGAUAACGCUGAAUUCGCAGCUGGGGUGAAACAAUCGGCAAAGAUCUCGUUCGACGAUGACAUAGCGCCCGCGAGGUCCAGACUCAAAGCGAUAUCUAACGUCGACAAGAACAAUGCUAUAAAUGCUAUAAAUAUCGAAGAUAGGCCCGAGCAGGACUCUAACAUCAAAAUCGAAGAACUAGCCGUAGCAGAGUGCGACGCCGACAGUGGACGUGGAGAUAGUUCUUUAGCUUCCGAGCUGAAGGAGGAAGAUCUUCCUGAACAUUUGACGCUAGGUCGCGAGUUUACAUUCCGGGUGACCGUUCUUCAGGCACAUAGCGUUUCAACUGAUUAUGCAGAUGUGUUCUGCCAGUUCAACUUCCUGCACCGAAACGAGGACGCAUUUUCAACGGAGCCGGUUAAAAACGCUGGAAAGAAUACGCCUUUGGGAUUCUAUCACGUUCAGAAUAUCACAGUGCCAGUAACAAAGUCAUUUGUCGAAUAUAUUAAAUCGCAACCGAUUGUUUUCGAAGUAUUUGGACACUACCAACAACAUCCUCUACAUAAGGAUGCAAAACAAGAUGGACCAGUGGGCAGGGCUCCACCUCGACGAAUGCUCCCGCCAUCACUACCGAUAUCAGCGCCAGUCCGAAGCCCUAAAUGGAGUGCCGCCAGUGUUGCGCCGCCUUGCUGCUCCUCACAUUUGCACUCCAAACACGACCUGCUAGUGUGGUUCGAGAUAUGUGAGCUGGCGCCAAGCGGGGACUAUGUACCAGCGGUGGUGGAGCACAGCGACGAGUUGCCGUGCCGAGGGUUAUUCCUACUGCACCAGGGCAUCCAGCGACGUAUUCGCAUUACGAUUCUCCACGAGCCAUCAUCCGACUUACAAUGGUCUGACGUUAGAGAACUUGUUGUUGGACGCAUACGAAACAUACCGGAAGCAAACGAAGACACGACAGACGGUGACGAAGACGGGGCUUUGUCGCUCGGACUAUUCCCCGGUGAACGACCCAACCUGGACGAUCGAGCUGUAUUCAGAUUCGAAGCGGCAUGGGAUAGCAGUUUGCACGGUUCCCCGCUGCUGAACCGAGUGAGCGCUAACGGAGAAGUGGUUUACAUAACACUCAGCGCCUAUCUUGAGGUGGAGAACUGCGGUCGUCCGGCAAUUAUAACGAAGGACCUAUCAGUAGUGGUGGUUGGACGUGAAGCACGUACGGGCGCAGGUCGCUCGCUACGUCGUGCUUUGUUCGGUUCCAGAGCCGCAAGAGCUGAUCGUCUUACAGGAUUGUAUGAACUCAGCUUGCAUCGGGCGCUCGAACCAGGUGUCCAGCGUAGACAACGACGUGUGUUAGACACCAGUGGCACCUACGUACGUGGAGAAGAAAAUCUGCACGGUUGGCGUCCUCGCGGUGACUCGCUUAUAUUCGAUCAUCAGAAACGUAUCUGGCGCAAACUGUUCUAUGAUUGGCCGCUGGACGUUAUCGAUAAAUUGCAGUGGGAGCUCGAAAAGAUGACUCGAUUAGAGCAAGUGGGUCGGACAAGACACUUCCUUGCGUUACGCGAGCGUCUUCGCCACGGACACGAAAAUACCGUUGCACCAAACGACUUUACUAAAACUGAGAAGGAGGUCAGCAAUAUGGCUGCCAAGGCUGCAUCAGAAUGCGCGCAUACACGCGAUGAGUCUGUUUACGAGCCGUGGGAGAUGAGUCCGAGAGAAAAGGAAAUCUCCACGAAAUUCCUCAAACUUAUACAGGGAAGGAUAGGUGGCAACAAAGAGGUGGAAACUGCAGUAUCUCCAGCGACGCCGGUCGACGAGGGCGUAUCCGCAGAUAUCUCCACACCCAGUCUUUUGUCAUCCAUACACAGCGCCAGCAGCUUCGAGCUAUGCUCGCCGGAACGGGCUUUAUUGGAGAAAGCAGCAGGCGCCUGGGGAGUCACGGGCAUGCACGGUAACAGCGUAGUGAGUGCUGGCGUGCUGUUCGUGCCAGAUUGCGAGGAGGUGCGAGUGUCGGCCGCCGUGGCGCGACGUGGGUACCUCAACGUGCUGCAACACGGGACACAUGGCUGGAAGAAGCGCUGGCUCGUGGUCCGCCGGCCGUACGUGUUCAUCUACCGCGACGAGCGCGACCCAGUGGAGCGCGCUGUCAUCAACCUCGCCAACGCGCACGUCGAGUACUCGGAGGACCAGGAGCAGAUGGUCCGCAUGCCCAACACUUUCAGUGUGGUGAGCAAGGAACGUGGAUACUUGCUUCAGACGCUGGGCGACAAGGAAGUUCACGACUGGCUUUACGCCAUCAACCCAUUGCUAGCCGGACAGAUUAGGUCGCGGUCCGCGCGCCGGCCCCGCCCCGCGCCCGCCGCGCCCCCGCAGCUGUCCGCAUGAGACCUCACCAUGGAGUCUAUCCUCGUUUUUUAAGCGCGUCGCCGACGGACGCGUGUACGCGCACAGACCGCUCCGCGCAGUGCGCACCUCGCAUAGAUAUUAACACGGCCCAAAAACUAUUGACACUUUUGCUCGGUGUGUAACGAACCUAACCGAUUGGCGGGGUUAAGGUACGCUUCGGUUCCUCCGCAACGCAUUUCUGCU